AGAUACCUGCGUGCUAACGCUACAUUAUCAUGCUAAGUUAGCUUUUCGUGAACUUCCGAGUUAGCUAACUUAGCUGUUGUUAGCAAACAUUAGCCGGUCCGUGCAUCCUGCCAUUGUUCCAAAGAAAAAAAGAAAAAAAACGGGUCGAUUUGACAGCAAAAUAAAAGUGGCGUGCACUAUUAUAUGUAUAUAUAAAACAUGUCUGCACAACAGCUAAAGCUGGUCGUGUCGUCUGGGGGUCCCUUUGUUACACUGCUGUGUGCAUCAAACCACAACUGUAUGAUUACAAGAUGCGUUCAUAAGUCACCCAGAAACUAUUCAUAGCGUCACAAACGUGCAGCCACGGCUGCAGAACGUUGACUCUCUCAGUAAAUAUACAUUUAUCCAACGUUGAACACCACCACGUUCCACGUUAGUUUAUUAAAACCAAACAGGGGCCUUUCGGUCUGCCACAGUUCUUCGGAUACUCCCGACUCCUGCUGUUCAACUCUGGGCAGUGGAUUUUCCCCCCUCUGUUACACUCCUUGAGGUCUGAAGAUGGAGGAGGACCACGUUCACUGUAUGUCCUGCGUUAAUCUGAGAUGCCAGGUCAGACCUCAACUGGGCAUUUCUUGUGAUCUUAUCGCCUGUCCCCUGCUGUGUGGGGCUGUAUUUCACUCCUGCAAAGUUGAUGAGCACCACCUCAUGUGCGCACUGAUGAGGGUCCCCUGCCUAAACUGUGGCUACGGCUGCCCUGCCACCCUUGUUCGCAACCAAAUGUAUGCACACCUCGAAGUGUGUCCAGCCGGAGUCGUGUGCUGCACAAUGGAGUGGAACAGAUGGCCCGUUAGCUGCCUGGACUAUACUUCCUAUGAGAGCCUGAGCCGUGGGGUGGAGGAGGUGGAGCAGUUAGAUAUGGCACUUGCUCUACAGGACCAGCGUACGCUACUCGAGUCCCUCAAGGUGAUCACCAUGGCGCCGACUGCAGAAGGAGAGCCUCUCGUGCCGGUUAGUAAGGGCGUGAGUGCGACGGACUCGGCUUUCCUUGCAUCCGCGCCGGAGGCCUCCACCGCUACGGAGUCACCCACGCAGUCGCCGUCCUCACGUCUGCCGCGACCUCCGCCACACGCCUCCGCAAAGGAGCGAAUUGCCAGUGGCAUCAAUGGCUUGAACGAGGAGCACUUCAGUGAACUCUACCAGGCCACAGUGGAGACUGCGAGAAGCUUAGUUGCUGCUUUGGACUUUGUUAGCAGCGCGAACGCUACCAACAGCAGCAAAGACUGGAUCGAGAGUGGAUCGAGCAACUAUGGAGACGUUAAGAACGGACCCGACGUAAAAGCGCUCUCCGACGGUCUGAAUGAAAAAGAGACGGCGGAGCAAAGCGUUUGCUCCGGGUGUUUGAGAGGAACCGGGGCUGCGAUGGGAACAGAUCUAAAGAUUGUAGAGACAACAAAUGGACCACUUUCGGGAGGAAGGGAGGCCUGUGUGGCCGAGGUGAACGAUGACAUGGACGCUGGAGUUUCCCAGGAACCAGCCACGCCCCCAAUGGCAUCUCCACUGCAUGUCAGCCGGGGGGGGGCACAGAAGGCCGCUCAUGUGGUCCUGGGAGACAGUGGGCUUUUAGGGAACCACGGGCCUGAACGAAAGUUGGACAACCACCAUUUUUUUAGGGACCAGGGCCAAUGUUCACUACCUAACGGACGCGUAGGUUUCAUCCCGGACAGGUCGAGGUGUCGACCUCGACCCAAAACGGAGGACAAGGCAGUAGACACCUCGGAUCUGGAACAGGUUGACGACCCCAUGGGUCUGGGGGAGGUCGAUCUGAUCACAGCAGCGCUGCUCUUCUGUUUGGAGGAGUCCAGAGAGUGCAGGAGGAUCUCUGACACGGUCUACGUCGACGGCUACCGCGUUGGCUUCGGAACGCAGACGUUCACUUUCCCUGCGGCCAUCUUGGUGACCAGCACCAGAGUGGGUGAAAUCGCCUCCGCAUCCGCCUGCGACCACGCUGCCCCGCAGCUCUCCUAUCCGAGCCCCUUCCGCACCCUCCGCCUCGGCCUCGUCCUGGAGGCGCCGGAGGUGGACGCCGUCCCGCACAACCGCUACCUCCCUCCCAACCCCCGCUACCAGCACAUGUUCCCUUUCGUCUGUGGCCAGUCGCUGCGUCGGGACCAGUUUUCUUCCCAUUUCACAAAUGUCCACGGCGACAUUCACGCCGGUCUCAAUGGUUGGCUGGAGCACCGCUGCCCGCUGGCGUAUUACGGCUGCACGUUUUCUCAGCAGAGGUUCUACCCGUCGACCAAGGGGGCCAAAGUGGUUCAUGACAGGCACCUCAGGUCCUUCGGGAUUCAGCCUUGCCCGAGGGCAAAAUUUCCAAGUGACUUCCAGUCCGACCAAAUCAGCGGGCUUCCCAUUGAGAUAUUUUGGCACAUAGCCGGGUUCCUGGACAGUUUCAGCCUGUGUCAGCUGUCACUGGUGUCGCGGACGAUGAGGGAGGUGUGCGCCAGUCUCCUCCAGACCCGCGGCAUCGUGGAGCUGCAGUGGGAGCGGAGACGACGUCCCGGUGCCCUCGGCAUCGUGUCCUGGGAGAUUAAAAACAGAGUGUGGCGAUUCAGCACGGCUUUCAGCCCAGUGCUGUCAUGGGGUUUCACCGACCUCCCCAGCAUGUCGAACCACCUCAAGAAGUGCCCCUUCAACAACGUGGAGCACAAGACGCAGCCUGUGCCCCUCCCCGCCAUGUACACGCCACGAGACAGCCACUCGCUGCAUCUCGUCCUCCGUCACAUUAACGCCUGAUCGCACCGAGCGGACCCCUCGGAGCUGCACAAGAGUCACUGUGCUGUCGUGUGGAUGUUGCAAUUCAAUAUUUGAUGUCUUGAAAGCAUAUAACUCUUCCUGUUUCAGACUACAUUAUUAAGAAGCCUUAAUGAAAUAACACACUUGCCACAAACAGGGUCUGUUGUCGUUGUGGGUUGCAUGGAUUUGUGCACAAAUGUGUCCUUGGCAAGAUAAAUAUAUAUUUUUCUCAAAGACAAAUACGCAUAAUAGAUUUAUACUACUCAAUAUAAUAUACUGUAAAAUGUUUUCACUAUCUUGCCUUUCAGUUGCAGCCAUGGGGGACGAGCAGAUUGUUGGAUAUAUUGCACUGUGUGACAGAAGUUAUGCCAGCACUUUACAAAAGAUUAUUUAACCCAUCACGCAUAUGUUGAUACAAGAUCCCAAAUGAUCUCGUCUUUGUGAUUCCUAUAGCUGGUGUCAACAAAUUGCAAGUCUUUUUUUUCUUGGUUUGUAGGACGUCAGGGGCAUAAAAAAGACGGCAAUUGAUAUGAAGGAGCCUGACAAUGCAUGUGAUUUGCUCGGAUUUAAUAAAGUCUUUACAGCCUUUUA